AUGAAGAUUCGUCGGAAGGUUGCCGCUCCUGCCGUCUGUGCGGCUGUGUGCGUCGGAGGCUUUUGCAACACGAAUUUGAACAUUUUGGCGAAUCAAGACUAUACUUGGGGAUACGGAUCUAUCCUCUGCGGCGCAUUCUUGUGCUAUUUAAUCACUAGAAUCGGCGUAGAAGAUGUCCGUGUUGAUUUCCUCAACAAAAUAUCAGCAGAAAUCAAAGACUACAAAGUCCCGAAAGAUGAUCCUGAGCCAGAACCGGAGCCAUCGCCACCGCAGCAGGAUGGAAGCACUAUUGAAAAUCCAAAGUAUGAAGUUUCCGAUCUGCCAACUUACGAAGAAGUUACUCGCUCUCCAGUCACACUCAAUCCUACGUGA